UUAUUUAAAACUAUUGAUUAAUCUUUUGCUUUUGAGUGCAAUUUCUUGUGUAGAUCUCAACAGGAUAAACACCACUCACAACGAGACGACCCUGUCUGACAUUGUCUCCUAGGUCCCCCAAGCCAUACUGACCCUCGAGGGCAUAGCGAAUGGAACGGUCCUAGCCAAUGUCACCACCGGUAAGCGGAGCACCAUCCCAGAGAAGGGGGCACUCCGGCUAAAUAAAACGGUCCUGGCCAAUGCCACCAACAUUGUCAGUGAUUAAGUGAACUUCACCCCUGGUAUGCGGAACAUCGUCCCAGACAGUAUGGGGAUGGAUGAACUGCGGCGGAACAUCGUCCCAGUCAGUAUUGGGAAGGAGGAGGCACUGCAGUCCAAGAACAUCGUCCCAGACAGUAUGGGGAAGGAUGAACUGCGGCGGAACAUCGUCCCAGUCAGUAUUGGGAAGGAGGAGGCACUGCAGUCCAAGAACAUCGUCCCAGACAGUAUGGGGAUGGAUGAACUGCGGCGGAACAUCGUCCCAGUCAGUAUUGGGAAGGAGGAGGCACUGCAGUCCAAGAACAUCGUCCCAGACAGUAUGGCGAAGGAUGAACUGCGGCGGAACAUCGUCCCAGUCAGUAUUGGGAAGGAGGAGGCACUGCAGUCCAAGAACAUCGUCCCAGACAGUAUGGCGAAGGAUGAACUGCGGCGGAACAUCGUCCCAGUCAGUAUUGGGAAGGAGGAGGCACUGCAGUCCAAGAACAUCGUCCCAGACAGUAUGGCGAAGGAUGAACUGCGGCGGAACAUCGUCCCAGUCAGUAUUGGGAAGGAGGAGGCACUGCAGUCCAAGAACAUCGUCCCAGACAGUAUGGCGAAGGAUGAACUGCGGCGGAACAUCGUCCCAGUCAGUAUUGGGAAGGAGGAGGCACUGCAGUCCAAGAACAUCGUCCCAGACAGUAUGGCGAAGGAUGAACUGCGGGCGGAACAUCGUCCCAGUCAGUAUUGGGAAGGAGGAGGCACUGCAGUCCAAGAACAUCGUCCCAGACAGUAUGGCGAAGGAUGAACUGCGGCGGAACAUCGUCCCAGUCAGUAUUGGGAAGGAGGAGGCACUGCAGUCCAAGAACAUCGUCCCAGACAGUAUGGCGAAGGAUGAACUGCGGCGGAACAUCGUCCCAGUCAGUAUUGGGAAGGAGGAGGC